AUAAUGUGUUUUAUGCUGUGGUGUUUCUGUUGUGGAAGUCAAAAUGAAGGUGCUCGGUGUAUUUGCCUGCAUAUGUGUCCUCAUUGCUGCUACUUCGGCCCAGGAGCCAGAUGAGCAGUUGGUUGGAAUAUUGGAAGAGUCAGAUAAAGUGGUGGGGGAAGGACUCGAGGAGUUAGCAACUAUCGACGAGGAUACAGGAAGAAGGCAAGCGAGAAGUGCUGGUAGGAGGAGUGCCAGAGGACGUAGAGGCAUUGGGACUGAUUUGUUUGGAAAAAACAAUGUAGGAAACAUAAUUGAUAAGUUUGCUCCGGUUCUUACAUCUCUAGGUAGUAGUGUUAUGGAGGUGGUGGGCGGCCUGCGGUCUAUCGUGUCGACUUUUGGAAGCUUUAUCCCUCUAAGACGGAGGCAAUUACAGGAUGAAGGCGAGUUGAUCGCUGAAUUUGAAAAUUUAGGAGACACGGUAUCGGAAGUACUCGAGAAUAUGUUAUUAAUUGACGAUGGAGGGGGCGAGCUUGAAGAAAGGAGGAAAGCGAGAAGUGCUGGUAGGAGGAGUGCCAGAGGUCGUAGAGGCAUCGGGACUGAUUUGUUUGGAAAAAACGAUGUAGGAAACUUAAUUGAUAAGUUUGCUCCGAUUAUGAAAACCCUAGGCAGUAAUCUUGUGCACGUGGUGGGCGGCGUGUCGUCUAUCGUGUCGUCUAUUGGACAAUUGAUCCCUCUAAGAAGGAGGCAAUUACAGGAUGACCUGUCUGAAGGCGAGUUGAUCUCUAUACUGGAAGAGUUGGGACAAGCGGUAGGGCAAGGACUCGAGGAGUUGGAAGCCAACGUUGAAGGAGACGAGCUUGAAGGAAGGAGGCAAGCGGAUCCACCUGAAGCGAAUGAAAUAUUGGAAAACGUAGGCACAGUGCUACAAAAAGGACUUGAACAUAUGCAAAUAUUACCUAACGAUGGCGAAGAUGGCGAAGAAACAUUAGCCGAGAGACGAGGAACUAACCUCGGAGAUCGGGAUCAAGGACCACCGGAUGGCCGUCGUUUCUUCCUGGACAAGUUAUUUGGUAAUGCAGAGAAGUCCGUGUUAAAGGGUAACAAAAGAAGUAUUGACGAACCCAAACCCAGAAGUCGACGUUUUUUAUCCCCGGAAAAGCUCGAAAAAGUAGUGAGAGCCGGUUUGGAAGCACUCUUUAAUGAUUCUGAGGAGGAGUCUGGAAAAAACGAGACCAUCCGCGUUGUCGUCGAAAAUAAUUCAAAAGAGACUGAUGAGAAAAGUAACGAUAGUAAGAAGCAGCGGGAAGGUGACGAAAAGGAACAAAAGUCAAACAAAAAGUCUCAUAGAUCAAGACGAAACUCGCCGCCGAAUGAGGAAAACUUGACAGGCAAACCUUUACCUGAGCAAACGACUCCUGAACUGCCAGCUGACCAAAUCACGGAUGAACUCACACCCCUACCGGUCGAACUGUCUAACGUCCGCGUCAGACGAAACGCGGUUAGACGAUCAGUAUAGUCAAACCGGCCGGCUCGGAGCUAUAUAGUUUGUC